AUGUUCAGAAGACUCUCCACUACGCUCCGAUAUCAGAAGCUUGAUGCCAGAGCAACUUUAUCAGCAAUUUUGGACAGAACUCUUUGUCCUGCGUCGCAUGCGAAUGUUCUUAAAGUAAUCGAUUCAAACGAAAACGGAAUUAUUGAGCCAAGAGAAAUCUACCAAAACCUUGAAGACUACGACAAAGAUGGUUCGAUGGAUAUAGACGCUGACGAAAUAAAAAAGUGGCUCCAUGAACACGGAAAGUUUGUCACAAAGGAGCAAGCCGAUAAGGUCUUCAAUCAAAUGGAUUUCAACAAUGAUGGUUCAAUCAAAUAUGAAGAUUUCUUAGCCCUUGUGACGGCACGAUUAUUAACCCUCUCAUUGACUGCCAAAUAA